CCUUGCUAACACAGCUCGGAUAGGCUGUGCUGCACAUCUGCCCCUGUCCCAACAGCUGGAACUAAUAUCUCCCACUUCCUGUCCCUGGACCAUCAGAAGGGGGGGAUCGUCAGAACCUCACUCCGCACCCAGAAAGUGUUUGGGAUCUCUGCAAAACAUGAUGUUCUCCUGUCACCUGGCUCUCUUUCUGUUUGUCAUAAAGGUAGCCAAUGGACUCCCUGAGGACGCACCCUGCGAGCCGGGAUUCAAGGAGGAGCGCUAUGCUUUCUCUGUGACUCGUAAGGUCCUGGAGAGAGGGAGAGUUCUGGGGAAAGUGAGUUUCGAACCCUGCGCCAGUCGUUCCCGCGCCCUCUAUUCCCCACAAGACCGCCGUUUCCAGGUGUCAUCCGACGGGACAAUGACGGUGAAAAGACAAGUCACCUUGCAUGAUUCCUCCGUCCAGUUUGGGCUGAGUGCGUGGGAUGGAGCGGGCAAAAAACACUCCGUGCCCGUGUUUAUAUGGAAUGAGCAAGAACAGCAGAUAGCCGGCUGACCGUUUCCCAAGGAGGACGCAAACUGUUCCUGAAUUGUCUUUCCAUCUAGAACAAUCAAAAUAAAUACAUUGUAUUCAUA